GAUUAUUUGUGUAUGGCCAAAAACACAUAAUAUGGCAAAAUCUCUAUAUCACUCAAAAGUUCCAAAGAUGUCAGACACAACACAUUGCUUGACUGGAUGGAACCACAGUUAUGUAACCGUUUAUCCGUUAAUCUGUGUCCUUACAUAGCUGUGUCUCUUUAUGAGUCUAGUGACAUUGCUUAAUAAUAAUGAUUAAUUGCCUCAGUACUGUUAACCCCUCUGUACCACAGCCUCUGAGUCAAGUUUCUCAUACAUCCUGCAGCCACUCAGCCGCCUGCAAAAAUGUUACCACAGUUGCAUUGGCAUUUUUCUGCUCAAACGGGCCAGACUUGGACCAUUUCUGGUGAAAUACUUUGUGUUUAGUUUGAGGAGAUUGUUGAUGACUACGUUUUUACAUUUUACUUAUUUCUUUAUAUUUUGCUAGGACAAUGGGAAUGUAGUGUAUAAAGCAAAAAGAGUGCAAUUCUAACAAACUUCAAAAUCAAUGUUUGGUAUCACCACCUUUAUUCUUUAACAUAGUUUCAGCUCUUGUAGCUUCAUUCUCUGGUCUGUUGAAGGAAAUUCAAAGUUUUACUUUGGAUGUUGGCUGCCUUCUGUUCUCGUCAAGAUCUCACACUGCUUAAAUAAUGCUGAUGUCCGAGCUCUGGGGAGGCCAGUCCAUCACUGAUAGUAUGCAAGUGUGUGUUUUUCUAUACAGGUAUGCUUUUACUAAUCAUUGGCAGUGUGUUUGGGAUGACUGUCAUGCUGAAUAAUGAAGCCACUGACAAUCAGAUGCUUUUCAGAUGGUAUUGCACGACGGAUCAAAAUUAAAAAGUUUACUUUUCUGUGUUCGUAAUUUCAUUGGUUUUAACAACAUCUUCAACACCACUGUCUAUGAUGCCUGAAACCUUUAAAGACUCUCCACCAACUUACUGUUGUACGUCUUUGCUGACCUCCUUCAUACAUAAUAAUGAUGAUUUGAACCAGAAUGUUCAUAUUUGGAUUCAGUGCUCAAUAUGACCUGUUGCUAGAGAUUUUCAGUCCACUUAUUGGGAAAUUUGGCAAACCUCAGUUUUCCUGUUUUCCUUCUUUAAGAAGGUCUUCUUGACAGCCACCCUUCCAAUGAGGCCAGUGAACAGUAAAUGGAUCAGUUGAAGGUUCAGAUGCGUCUCUCAGGUCUGGACUAAAAAUGAGGGGAAAAGAAGCCAAUGCCUAAAGAAAAACCUUUGAAAGGCCCUGAGAAAUCCUGGAGAACUACUGCCCAAGACGACUAAACUUUGGCUUUUGCAAAAUCCUGUCUAGCUAAGUUGCUAACAUGCUAAUUUAGCACGAGUACAAAAGGCUAGACUUUUAGCCUCUCCUGUUAGCAGUUACAAGAUUUAAAAGAUUGUUGCUUUAAAAAAGACAAUAUUAAAGGUUGGUUCCAUUGUUCAGGAAGGCUGAGGAUGUAUGUUUUCUUCUUUAGUAAAGGUUAUGUUCGCAUCACAGAGACUUUGCUGGGCCACCCUUCAUUUAGAGACGCCCGUCGUCUAACAGCAAGCCCCGUUCAGGCAGACAUGUUGGAUGACUUCUAUGCUUAUGAUGAGGACGGGACAAGGUUUUCUCAUGAUGUGACUCCAGUGAUACUGGCUGCACACUGUCAGGAAUAUGAAAUUGUUUACACCCUGCUAAGUAAAGGGGCUCGCAUCGAUCCGCCUCAUGACUACUUCUGUGGCUGUGACUCGUGCAACUACCAGCAGCAGUUUGACUCCUUCAGCCACUCCCGAUCGAGGAUCAAUGCCUACAGAGGACUCGCCAGUCCUGCUUACCUCUCCUUGUCUAAUGAGGAUCCAGUGCUGGCAGCACUGGAGCUCAGCAAUGAACUGGCCAUGCUAGCUAAUAUUGAGAAAGAAUUUAAGAAUGACUACUCCCGCCUUUCGAGCCAGUGCAAGGAUUACGUGGUGGGCCUUCUGGACCUGUGUCGCAGCACGGAGGAAGUUGAGGCCAUAUUAAAUGGAGAAACUGACUCGGACGAUAGCUAUGAUGUACCAGGUCGCCCCUCCCUCACACGGCUCAAAUUAGCCAUCAAAUACGAGCUCAAAAAGUUUGUGGCUCAUCCUAACUGCCAGCAGCAGCUGCUGAGUAUCUGGUAUGAGAACCUGCCUGGCCUGAGACAACAAACCACUGCCAUCAAACUGCUGGUGGUGCUGGCGGUGGCUAUAGGACUGCCUGGACUGGCUGUGGCUUACUGGAUUGCCCCAUGCACCAGAGUGGGAAAAGUGAUGCGUAGCCCCUUCAUGAAGUUUGUGGCUCAUGCCUCAUCCUUUACAAUUUUCCUGGGUCUUCUCAUCCUGAAUGCUGCUGACCGCUUUGCAGGCACCACCCUGCUGCCAAACAUGACACACCAUCAGCUCCCGGGCAGCUCUGACCCUCUGCUGCUCUACCGCAUGACUACAACACCCUUCACUUGGAUGGAGAUCCUUAUCAUCUCAUGGGUCAUAGGUAUGAUUUGGGCAGAGGUAAAGGAGAUCUGGAGCCAAGGACCAGGGGAGUACCUGGUUGAGCCGUGGAACUUCUUGGAUUUUGGGAUGCUCGCCAUCUUCCUGGCUUCCUUUAGCUGCCGCUUCUCUGCGCUGAGACAUGCUAACUUAGCACAGACCUCUGUGUAUGCAAACUACACAACGCUGAUUAAUGUCACACUGCCUAAGGAGAUACGCUACUUCACUAUGGCUCGUAUCGAGUGGGUGGCGUCAGAUCCCCAGUUGGUAUCAGAGGGCCUGUACGCGGUCGCAGUGGUGCUGAGCUUCUCUCGGAUUGCUUAUAUCCUCCCGGCCAACGAAAGCUUCGGUCCCCUGCAAAUCUCUUUGGGAAGGACAGUAAAGGACAUUUUUAAGUUCAUGGUCAUUUUCAUCUUGGUCUUUCUGGCGUUCAUGAUCGGCAUGUUCAACCUGUACUCUUACUACCUGGGUGCAAAACAAAAUGAUGCCUUCACAACCCUGGAGGAGAGCUUCAAGACAUUGUUCUGGGCUAUAUUUGGACUGUCUGAGGUCAGAUCCGUAGUGAUCAACAACGGACACAAAUUCAUCGAGAACACUGGUUACGUCCUGUACGGAGUUUACAAUGUUACCAUGGUGAUAGUGCUGCUCAACAUGCUCAUUGCCAUGAUUAAUAGUUCCUUCCAGGAGAUUGAGGAUGAUGCUGACGUCGAGUGGAAGUUUGCUCGUGCAAAACUUUGGUUCUCCUACUUUGAGGAGGGAAGGACACUCCCUGUGCCCUUCAACCUAGUCCCCAGCCCAAAAUCUAUGCUCGGACUGGCCACAGGCAUCAAGUCCUUGCUCCUGCAGUUAGUUGAAGGACACAGCAAAGAGAAAAAUGAGACACAACUCAACCAGCUUGGAGUAAGCAAAAACUCAGGAUAUGGUGCUUCUACCAGCCGAACCAGAUAUCAGAAGAUCAUGAAGCGGCUAAUAAAGCGGUACAUCAUCAAAGCACAAGCAGACAGAGAGAGCGAUGAGAUCACUGAAGGAGAGCUGAAAGAAAUCAAGCAGGACAUUUCCAGUUUGCGAUAUGAGCUGCUAGAAGAAAAAGCACAAAACCUGGAGACGCUCGAUGGGCUGCUGAAGAGGCUGGGAGAGAUCAGUACGCCUUCAUCAUAGCAAUGUCUGUCAUAAGUGAAGAGCGCAAAGAUUAAGUGCCUAUUCACUGUCAAAAGAUGUUGUAUACAUAGUGACACAACAUUACUAACGAUAAAUGACAAUGCACGUAUGUGAAUAUAAACAUUAAAUAUAAAAGGUCAAAUGUAUGUGACUGACAGUGUGAUACACAUUUUUUUGUAAAGUACAGA